GAAUAUGUCUGAUGAAUUAGAAGCAAACGAUGGAAUAAACCAACAACAGACUACCGAAGAUGAAGAUACAAAAGCAGAUGAUGCCCCUGAAACAAUUGUUAAUGAGGACACCCCCGUUGACGAUCAGGCCAAAGAAGAGAAUGAAACAGCAGAAAACGACGUACAAGAAAGUACCGGUACUAUUGGGGAUUGUUUUCUCUGCAAGAAACAGUUAAAUGAUCCUAGAAGCUUGGCAUGCAUUCAUUCUUUUUGUAUCGGAUGCCUUAAAGAGCAUAUCGACUCCAAAAAUAAAAAUGAUGCCAUGUGUCCCGUAUGUGCCUCAAGUAUACCAGACAACUUAGAAGAUCUUUCUGUAGAUCCGCUUGUUGAAAAGGUAUUGAAGUGUCAAUCCUCCGGCAAUGAUGUGCAAUGCAGUCUAUGCUCAUCAAAUGCGACUCAAAGAUGCACGAACUGUGAGCACUUCCUUUGCAACAGGGAUGCCGAGCGGCACCAACUGAUCCCUGCAACCAAAGACCACGAGUGUAUCCAGAUCGAUGAGUAUCAGAAGCUCAACACCAAAGAUCGUCUGGCGCUACAGAUUGUCUAUUGUUCUGUGCAUCCUCAGGCGAAGGUGGACGUCUACUGCAGGGUAUGUGACGUCUUUAUAUGCAUGGCAUGUAAUGUGAUCGACCACCAACGGGCUAAGCAUGACGUCGAACCAGUUGCGGAUUACGUAGAUCGACUUACGCCAAAGCUGAAGAAAGUAGCUGAUGAAUUACAUAAACAAAGUAAAAUCAGUGACCAGACAAUGAGCAACAUCAACCAGGCAAUUGAUAAGUUGCAGCCUCUGAAGGAACAAGCUUCUGCCGAUAUUAAAAAACUGUGUUCUGAACUAAGAGAGAAGAUUGAUAAAUGUGAAAUAGAAUUGAACGAAAAACUAGAAGAAAAAUACCAAAAUAAAUAUGAAGCAAUGAAAAAUCUACUUAGUCACACUAAUGACAGCUCUUGCAACAUAAAAUCGCUAAUUGAAUAUAUAGAGUGUCUUGUAGGCAGUCGGAACUGCGAGCUUCUACGUCAUGCAACAUCAAACCACAUCAAAUCUUUCGAGAAGACUGUGAAGAGUACCAAACACGCUGGAAAGGUUGUCAGUGUGACAGAGGUACUAAAGAUCGUUAUCAACGAGCAAAAUGUUGGGAGUGUCAACUCUGAAAACCUCUGUUGCUUCAAAAUCAGUGAUGUUUCUCCUGAACACUCGUCCUUCAGCCGAGUAACUGACGCUAAGACUGGAGAACUGAAGACUAUCACUGUGACAACGAAGAAUGAAGACGGCAAUGCUAGUGUUGCAGACCCCGCUCCUUCUAUUGAAAUUAUCGACAGCGAAAAGAAAGUUAUCGCAACACCUACUCUCGAGUCGCAUAAAAAUGGAACUUAUCAAUUCUCAUGGCUGCCAACAAUAACUGGAACAUUUGGUGUGAAGAUCCAUAUUGAUGGGAAGCAGAUUAAGGGCUCUCCUUUCCGGGUAACUGUAUCAAAGGGAUCAGCAAUUAAUAAGAACAAGAACGCAAAGAAACCGCCGACUAAUUCAAAAAAAGUAAAAUAGAUCUUGGGGUUACUGUAAAUAAAUAAUAAUUACUAUUAUAGUCAUAUAUACCUAUAUAAUUAUAUAUAUAUAUAUAUAACUAUGGACAAGAUGCAUCUUAUCCUAUACAUAAUGUGUAGUAGUUCAGAGUCCUACAGUUGUAUUAUAUAAUUUAAACGUAACAGAAGAAGAAAAUCUGAUCAGAAUGAAAAGAGAAACCUUGUCUCCACCGGGACUCGAACCCAAGAACUUUCGCUUAUCCUGCGAACGUCUUACCAAUUCGACCACAGAGGCCUUAAUUCCAGUAGAAACAAAGAGUCUUUUAUCAUUCUAAACCUGUUUCAGUAGGUAACUACCAAUUGUAAAUAGAAACGGUGUUUGAAUAAUGAGUACUUUUAAAAUUUUUUAUCGUUUUAUGUACCGUAUUGUACAUUGCUGUGUUUCUGUCUACACUGCUGUUUUAUAUGUUUUUCUUUAUGAACGCACCGUCAAUAACAAAUUCAUUAUUAUGUACAGUGUUCAAAUUAUAUAAUCCAUUAAAAAGUUUGUAACAAAUUAAGAAGAGUGUUGAAAUCAUCAACAAAAAUGGCAAACUUAACACUGUCACAAACUCCAUGGUUAACACAGUCAACAUAUUUGCAAGAUUUUUAAACAUGUUGACGAUAAUAAUUGUUGAAUAUUAUAUUAGAAAUGGAAAAAUCAUUGCUUGUUAUCAGUUAGGGUGUUCUUAACAUGCACUAUACAGUAAAUGUGAAUAAAAACACCUGGACUUUGAA